UGGUGACGUUGCGCGUGUUUGCACGUUGCGCUGACGUGGUAAACCCUGGGCCAAUCAGAGAGCUCCGGGUAGAAUGAUGGCGGCUGGCGGAGGCUGUAUGAGAGCGGCGGGCUGUUUCUGGGUCUCGGUUUGUGUUGUUUCGCUGUUAAUAGCGGCGGCGGACUGCACCGAGCCCAAGCCCAGGAAGAAGAAGGACAUCCGGGACUAUAAUGAUGCGGAUAUGGCCAGACUGCUGGAGGAGUGGGAGAAAGAUGAUGACAUUGAAGAGGGCGAUUUACCAGAGCACAGAAGAUCCCCUCCACCCAUCGACUUCUCAAAAGUGGACCCAGGCAAACCUGAAGAACUCCUGAAGAUGUCCAAGAAGGGGAAGACCCUGAUGAUAUUUGCAUCUGUGUCUGGAAAUCCUACAGAGAAAGAGACUGAGGAGAUCACCAGCCUGUGGCAGGGAAGCCUCUUCAACGCCAACUUUGAUGUUCAGAGGUUUGUGGUGGGCUCCAACCGCGUCAUCUUCAUGCUGCGGGAUGGCAGCUACGCGUGGGAGAUUAAAGAUUUCCUGAUCAACCAGGAGCGCUGUGAGGACGUCACUGUGGAGGGACAGGUGUUUCCUGGCAAAGCAGGCAAGAAGGACAGCAAGGGGAAAGAACAAAACGACACCAAGAAGAAAAAGGACAAGAACGCGGCCAAUCGAGCGAACAAAAGCAAACAGGAGCUCUGAUACGCCCGAAUGUACUGAACUUACUGCAGCAGCAGCUGGAGAGAGACAGGCAGACGCCCUAUUCAAAGACUACAGGGAGAGGAAAGCGUCCAGCCAGGUUUUUCACAAGUGUGACCGAAUGAUCAGAAGUUUAGGGUCUCAUUUUGUGAGUAACAUGAGCCACUGAUACCUGGGUGCUGCAACGCGAGUGCUUUACUUCAGUUCUGAAAGGUACUUAGAACUUGGAACAAGUUACACUUACAGUUUUUGUCCACAACUAAUUGCCAAUUUGUCUUCUUAAGUCCACUAUGUUCUUUUAAAAAGCAGUAUUUUCCAUUAAAUAAAAAUGUAAUUGACCAUUUAUUUAGAUAAAUUGUACUUCGUCAAUCAUGAUUAUUGAAAUUACUAAAACUUUUCUCAAAUCGUGUUUUGUUUAUCACAUGAAAUAUUUAAUAUUUCACAGCUGUAAAUCAAUGAAUAUCUUCACAGUGUUGCCUUUUGAAAUUAAAAUAAACCAAUUUUAUAAUUAA